AUUACAGGAACCCGCUGAUGGAGAUGGAGCCGAAGGUGCUGAGCGCUAGGAAGUGCCAGGUGGUGUUUUUUCGGCUGAAGGAGAUCCUGCAGUGCCACUCCAUGUUCCAGAUCGCCCUCGCCUCCCGCGUUUCCGAGUGGGACUCGGCCGAGAAGAUCGGGGACCUCUUUGUGGCCUCGUUCUCCAAGUCGAUGGUGCUGGAUGUUUACAGCGACUAUGUCAACAACUUCACCAGCGCCAUGUCCCUCAUCAAGAAGGCUUGUCUCACCAAACCUGCCUUCCUCGACUUCCUCAAGAAGAGGCAGAUGGCCAGCGCCGACCGGGUCACGCUCUACGGCCUGAUGGUGAAGCCCAUCCAGAGGUUCCCUCAGUUCAUCCUGCUCCUACAGGACAUGUUGAAAAACACCCCCAAAGGUCACGCAGACCGCCUGUCCCUCCAGCUGGCCCUCACCGAGCUGGAGACUUUGGCGGAGAAGCUCAACGAGCAGAAGCGUUUGGCCGACCAAGUCGCCGAAAUCCAGCAGCUCAGCAAGAGCAUCAGCGACCGCAGCAGCCUCAACAAGCUGCUGAGCUCGGGGCAGCGGCACAUCAAGUCGAAGGAGAGGAAGGUUUUCCUCCUCAACGACAUGCUGGUCUGCGCCAACAUCAACUUCAAGCCAGCGAACCCAGGAGGCCAGCUGGAAAUUAGCAGCCUGGUGCCCCUGGGGCCCAAAUACGUGGUGAAGUGGAGCACGGCCCUCCCGCAGGUGCAGGUGGUGGAGGUGGGGCAGGAGAGCGGCGCCUACGACAAGGACAACGUCGUCAUCCACAACGCCGGCGCCAAGAAGCACGCGCCGGCCGGGCAGGCUUCGCACAAUAAAGUCUACCUGGGGCCGCCGCGGCUCUUCCAGGAGCUGCAGGACCUGCAGAAGGACCUGGCGGUGGUGGAGCCGAUAACCCCUCUCAUCACCUUGCACGGCACCUACCAGAACCUGAACAUGACGGUGGCCCAAGACUGGUGCUUGGCCCUGCAGAGGAUGAUGAAGGUGAAGGAGGAGGAGAUCCACUCCGCCAACAAGGGCCGCCUCCGCCUCCUGCUACCUGGGAAGCCGGCAAAGUCCGGCCGCCCCAUCAGCGUCAUGGUGGUCUUCAUCACUCCAAACCCCUUGAGCAAGAUUUCCUGGGUGAACCGCCUGCACCUGGCCAAGAUAGGGCUGCGGGAGGAGAACCAGCCGGGCUGGCUCUGUCCCGAUGAAGACAAGAAGAGCAAAGCUCCUUUCUGGUGCCCCAUCCUCUCUUGCCACAUGCCUGCCUUCUCCAAGGCGCUCGAUCUGCAGCUCGGUGCCGCGGUGCACAACCCCGUGCAGUCCUCGCUGCUGGGCUUCUCCGCCGUCAGCACGUCACUGCCGCAGGGCUACCUCUGG